AUGACAUUGAUGCACCUUCGACUUCAACACUGCGUGGUGAAAGCACCCAUACUUGGCCAUAGAACGCAGAAAUAUAGGCCGGAAUGGGAGCAACUACCCGGUUUCAACCAUUGGCUUGGACCAGUGAAAGACAACAUCACAAAAGCUUAUUGUUGUUAUUGCACACGGGAAAUGGUAUCAGAAAUAACAAUAAUAAAAAAACAUGCAGCUUCUUUGGUUCAUUCGAAAAAUGUUAAAUCCAUUACAGGCAAACCCAUUACUGAUAUUUUUAAGAAAGUUGACGAUGUGAAUGAGGUUAAAAAAUCAAUCAAAUAA